AGUUAACGUACAAAUUAAUUAGUAAUGUGCUCAUGUUGACAAAAAUCAAAAAUUUUGAAUCAUACUACAACAGUCUAAAAUGUCGCUUGAAACGGUACCAAAGGAUCAGAGAAACCUAAGAGCUUGUCUUUUAUGUUCAUUAAUUAAGACAUUGGAACAGUUUGAAUAUGAUGGGUGUGACAAUUGCGAGGAAUAUCUUCGAAUGAAGAACAACAGAGAACAAGUUUACGACUGCACAAGCGCCAACUUUGAUGGUUUAAUUUCCUUAAUGGGUCCAGAGGAUAGUUGGGUGGCCAAAUGGCAGAGGAUUGGCAGAUUUGUGAAAGGCUGCUACGCCAUUUCUGUGUCGGGCCGACUUCAUCCCAGCACUGUAAGAGAUCUCAAAAGUAAGGGUGUGUUCUACCGGUCCAGGGAUACGAGCCAGAAGACGUGAGGGUGGGGUCUAGAGUCUGUGUGGAAGUGUGUGUUGUUAGCAGUAUAAAUGAACAGCGCUGGGGUAAUGGAACUGUGCAAAGAAAAAUGAGGAAUGACAGAUUUAUUGCCCUUUAAUGUGUACACGUACGAAUUGUAUGAUAAAUGUACAUUUAUUUUGUUUGUAUGAGGUUUAUUUAAUUUUCUAGACAAAUGAUGUAAAUAUACAUAUAAUCAUAACAUAAUAAAAAUUAUUGAGACACUC